UGGUUUGGAAACCUGGUGACUUUACAUUGGUGGAAUGACCUAUGGUUGAACGAGGGCUUUGCUUCAUACGUGGAAUACCUCGGAGUUGAUUAUGUUGAGCCCACCUGGAACAUUAAAGACCAGAUCAUUCUUUAUGACGUGCAGAAGGUGUUUGCCAUGGACGCCCUGGCUUCGUCUCACCCUUUGUCCCGCAAAGAAGAGGAGGUUAACAAGCCCGCUGAGAUCAGUGAGAUGUUCAACACCAUCUCCUACAGCAAGGGUGCAGCGGUGCUCAGGAUGCUGUCAGAGUUUCUCAGCGAACCGGUGUUUGCCAAAGGACUCAGUUCUUACCUCAACACAUUUGCCUUUGACAACACAGUGCAUACUGACCUGUGGGAUCAUCUCCAAACGGCAGCUGAAAACACACCAGGUUUGAAUAUUCCACACACUGUACAUGAGAUCAUGAACCGCUGGACUCUCCAAAUGGGCUUCCCGGUGGUCACCAUUGACACCAGAACAGGAGCGGUCAGCCAGAGACACUUUCUGUUGGAUUCGGCUGCCAAAGUGGACAGGCCAUCCCCAUACAAUUAUACAUGGUUUGUCCCUAUUAAAUGGAUGAAGAAUGGUGUGGAUCAGCAGCAGUAUUGGCUCCUUCAAAAAACAGACACCCAUUCUCAGAUGAGACUUUCAGGAGACGACUGGAUACUAGCAAACACGAACGUGUCUGGUUACUUCAGGGUUAACUACGAUGCUGACAACUGGGGGCGUCUCCUAUCUCUGCUUAACACUAAUCACCAGGUUUUAUCUGUCAUGAAUCGAGCACAGAUUAUUGAUGAUGCAUUCAAUCUGGCAAGGGCAAAAAUAAUCCCUACAACUAUGGCUCUGAGAACUACUAAAUACCUUUCGGAAGAGAGAGACUAUAUCCCCUGGGCAUCUGCUCUGAGGAACCUCGACUACUAUAUCCUCAUGUUUGACCGCACUGAGGUCUAUGGAGUUUUACAGGCAUACCUCAAGAAACAAGUCAGACCACUUUUUGAGUAUUUUAAAAGAACCACAGCAAACUGGGUCAACAUACCUACAGGACACACGGACCAGUAUAAUCAAAUCAAUGCUAUUAGGAUGGCAUGCGGUAUGGGUGUGGAGGGUUGCAAGGAGCUGAUAAACAGCUGGUUCAGACAAUGGAUGGAAAAUCCAAAUCACAACCCGAUACAUCCCAACUUGAAGGGUACCGUUUACUGCAGGGCCUUAGCCUUUGGCGGGGUUCAGGAGUGGGACUUUGCCUGGCAAAUGUUUAAGAACGCCUCUCUGGCCUCCGAAGCUUCCAGGCUCAGGUCGGCUCUGGCCUGCACCAAAACGCCGUGGCUCUUGAACAGGUAUCUGGAAUACACCCUCGACCCGACUAAGAUCCGCAAACAAGAUGCCACCUCCACCAUCCAGUACAUCGCAAGCAAUGUUGUGGGAAUGCCGCUGGCUUGGAACUUUGUCAGAGCAAAAUGGAGUUAUAUCUUCCAAAAGUAUGGAAGAGGAUCUUUUUCCUUCUCUAAUCUCAUCGGCGGAAUCACAGUGAGGUUUUCCACGGAGUUUGAGUUACAGGAGCUGAAGAAAUUCAAAGAAGAGAACCUCCAUGUUGGUUUUGGCUCAGCUACCAUGGCCCUGGAGCAAGCCAUCGAAAAGACGACUGCCAACAUUAAGUGGGUGACAGAAAACAAAGCUGAAGUGCUCGAGUGGUUUACUAAGGAGACUAUGGGAGGACAUUCCAGAUGACACUCUGCUUCUGUAUUUUCUAGAAAGUGUAAUGAUUAACAGAAACAGUAAAAAAAAUCAAGUACAAAAGCUGCACAAAGACGUUUUUCACAGCAGUGACAGACUCAGCUGAAAGAAGCAAAGAAAGACUGUACUUUAGUUUUAUUAGAAGUAUACAUCAAAAUAAUACUAAUUAUAAUGUAUGCAAAGUAUAAUAUACUCUGUAUUUGCUGAACAUGAUACACUGAUGCGGUUUUAGGAAGCAGCUACCUCUGACUCGGACUCUACAUGUGGGUUAACCCUGAGCAUUUUAAUACUGAUGCUGAUGGGAGGCUGGCUACCAUUAAUGCAAACUUCACACUGUGAAUUGACUUUGGUGUCUUAGAAUAUAACAAAUGAAGAAACGAUUAAUAAAAAAAAAAAACAAGCUGUUUGCCUUAUGUGUGUGAGUAUUGAUCUUGAAACAUGCAACAACUGGACACGGUUGUAAUCCUUUCAAAUAAAGAAAAUGGCAGGAAACCAUA